GCGACCGCGGACAGACAGAAGCAAGUGGACCGGUUUGAAGCUAAGCUAAUUCAGUCAAAUUACAUCAAGUUAAUUUAGCUUUUUUCACUGAUUUCAUUUACAGCAAACGCGCUUAUCUGUUUUCGAAAAAUCAAAGCUAUCUGUAAAUAGUCGAACCGGUAGGCUAACGAGAAGAAUUGGGCGUUUAUCUUAAUAAACCGCUUCUGUCCUGCUAGCUUAAUUGGCAGCGGGUAGGCGCCACUUCUGUUUGACAACAGCGCUAUUCCGUCACGUUCCCGGUGUUGUUUGUAGCGGCUCGGCGAACUAGCUAAUUUCCGUUAGCCACGAAGGAAAUCACUCAGAGAUUUUUUAACAAUAAAAAUAAAGUUAGAAUGGCAGAAUUCCUCGAAGAUCCGUCAGUUCUCACGAAAGACAAGCUGAAGAUAGAGCUUACGGCAAACAAUGUGCCCCUUCCGAGCGGAGAGCAUAAAAAAGAAGUGUAUGUGCAGCUGUAUCUGAAGAACCUGACCGUACUGAACAACAAGAAGACCCCACCUGCAGACACCUUCUCCAGCGAUGAAGAGUUACCUGCCCCGGUGGUGUCAAACAAAAGUCGCUCCGGAAGAAAAGCUACCAGAAAGACAGACAAGCCUCGCGCGGAGGAAGUGGAGGUGACAGAUCUGACUGAUGAAGACUUAAAACAGCAGCUGGCAAAGCACGGUGUGGACGUAGGACCCAUUGUUGCCUCUACCCGUAAGGUGUAUGAGAAGAGGCUGCAGAAGCUUUUGGACCAGCCUCCAGCUGAACCCGAAGCUCCUACUGUCACAACUCUCCCCAAGGCAGACAGUAAUCAGAACGGCAACACAAACUCCGACCAGUACAGCGACAAAGAAGACGAUGAGGUCCCUGCCCCUGAACCAGAGCCAGUUCCUGUGGUAGAGAAGCCUGUGAGGAGCAGAGGAAAAGCUCCUGUCACUGUCAGAACCAGCAGCAAACGGCAGACAAAGGUGGUGGAGGAGAUUCCUGAAGAGACCCCUAAAAAGGCCACUGAGAGUGUGGUUGAAGAUAUCCUUGCCAAUGAAAUAAGCACACCAACCGGCAUCAGUGCGACAUGCAGGCGUCCAAUCAGAGGGGCAGCUGGUCGGCCUUUAAAACCAAGUGAGUACUGGCUGGAUGAGUCCCGCGUGAAGACCGAUGUCCACACCGAAUACAACUUGUAUUCGGAGUCUCUGUCCCGGCCGAGCUUCACGGUCUCCCCAAACGCAGCACCAGUUCGACGAAGCUUCCUGCCCCUGCUGCUCAAGCUCCUGCUCCUUGUGGUGGUGUGCGCUUCUCUGUUCUUUGUCUACCAGAACCUGGACGCCGAUCAGAUCAGUACCCUCAAAGGCCUCUCUGACAGCGUCGUCGUCCCGGUCCAAAGCGCUGUGGACAAAGUCGCCACCUACCUGGGCAUCAGCGGCAGCGGUGUCACAGAGGGCAGCUCCAAGUAAAGACCAUCAGCAGCCCCUCGCCAUACCCACAGCACCUCCCUGCCGCCCACCACAGCACACCACAACUCAAGCAGUAAACCUUGCUCACCUCUUUUCCUCCAUGUGUGGACAGAUUUAAUUGGAACGAUUAAAAAUUGUCCUCUCUGGACUCGGACUUUCCUCCUGCCACAAGAGGAAGGUAUAUUCAAACAGUAGCUUCUGGAUAACACUGUUUGUGGCAGUCAGAAGAGACUAAUUUUAAUGUUGAUUUUAAUCUGUGAAUUGUUUGUGUCUUUGUGUGUAUUAUAACCCUCAUAUGUAGAAAUGAGUGCAGAACGGAGAGGCCAUUUUUAUCCGUGCAUGGUUGUAGUUUUUAAAGGUCAUACUGUAGUUUUUUCCGACGCCGUGUGCCAGGUGUUUUCUGACGGUGAAGUGCCUGGACACUAUUAGCACUUAGUGCCCUCCCGUACAUCUACAUAUAUAUAAUUUUCUUUUUUCUUUUUAUCCCCAAGCACAGAGCAGCGCUUAUACUAACACCAGAAUGUCUACACCCGUGUUUCUUUAUCAAAUAGGGACGCACUUAUGUAUCAAAUGGUGUUGGCUGUUAUUGGCCUUGUUAACUGAUCAGCUUAUUGGCAAAUAUGAUGACAUUUCAUUGGCAUUGGGGGAGGGGGUUAUUUGUUGUGUGUCAUCCGUUUUGUGCUAAAUGUUCACAGAUAGUUUGAUAAAGUGAUAUUUAGUUAAUAUGAUGGUGAUUUCUGUGUUUCCCUGCCACAAAAGGGGAAUAUAAAAACAAGAUAAAUAAAAGCCAGCAUCAGCUUUAGGCCGUAUUGUCACUGUAAGCAUCGCUGUCAGGCCAAAUUUUCACAAUCAGUGCGUCUUUGGUAUCAAUUUCAACAUUUUCUCUCCAGCUAUAGCGUUAAGUAGAAUGUUUGAUUUAUUUCUAUGGUGCUCAGGUUGAUUCAGCUCAAACUUUUUUCAUGUGGUCUGUUGGGAGGAGGCGUGGUGUAAUCGGGUCACGUCACUGCAUGACGAAAAUCAGCCCACAUUCAAGCAUGAAUUAGAAGCUUCUUUUUUUUUCAUAAAUCUUUUUUAAUAGCUGAUCACUGCUAAGAUGAUCUCUCAUAACGGCAUUUGUGAUCAUGGCUUAAAUUUUAAUUCUCGGCAUUGUGUAUUGUAGCGAUUUUUACACUUGGCAGGUUGAGGUUAUAAAGUUUACUCUGCUUUCUGCGUCUUGCAUCGACAUUGUCGUUAAAGACUUGCGAACAGAAAAUUAUGAGGAAAAUAAAGAAUUCAGCGAUCACAGGUUACUGGUUUUUCCAUCCCUGCCAGUCCAGUUCAUGUGAGUUUCCACGCGUUGAGUUGUAGUGCUCUGUUGUGCUUUUUCUUUUGUCCUGUUUUUAUAAGAUUUCUGAUCCUUCGGUCCUUUAUGCAGGGCUGGCUGUUUAGCGUGCACCCACAUAGCCCACCUCACAGGCUGCAGGUGUUUCCAAGAGGAGGAAAGUAAAUCCUUUUAUUUUUUUUUAUUAUUUUUUUUCCUCUCCUCUUCUUUUUUUUUUUUUUUUCCAAACAUUUUAUUUUUGUUACAAGUUCCACCUGGGCAAAAUUGUAAAGACGCUCCAGGUUUCUCCGAAUGGGGUCGUUUAUCCGCUUGGAGUAACAAGCAAGGAUGCAUUUACUCGAGGGGGUGUUGGAAGAUUUCUCGGUGGUGGAGAUUGUUUCUAUUUUGAUAUUUUUCUAAAGUGGUGUGUUCAACUUUUUAUAGCAUAUUGUAAAGCAAUACAUGCAAGUAAUACUGUAUCUUAAUCUGAACCUUGCUGAGUUAACUCAAGUGAUUUGAUCAUCAGGCAGCUCUCCCACAACGGACAGAAACGACAGGGGUUAUGUGGGUAAGGAUUCUGAAUCUGUUUAUUUAUGAUAAUGUAGGCAGUGUAUCAUAAAAUAAACUUGGUUGUUGCCAGAUUAUUA